AUCUUCUUUGAUCGCGGGUCAUUUUAUUUCUUUUGUGAAAAUUACUACGUUUGCUGAAGAAAAAAGUGUCAUGUUCUCUUUUCUCUUCAUUCAAUAAAUAAUAAAUGAAUAAAUGCAUGUCACGUGGCGUAAUUGUGUACUAAGGUGAUUUAAAAUUUUCAAUAUAAGGUGCGUGAUUAAAUUGUUUCCGUGUUUUACCAAAAUAUGAUUUCCCGAUAUCAGUUAAUCUGCGCCCUUAUAUUAUUUGGAUUAGUGAUAAUCUACCAGACAAUGGCGCAAGUAGAUGGUUAUACGCCUGGAGUAGACUAUCCAAUAUACGACUCUGUACCAUUUGGUCUGACUUUUACCUGCCGAGGAAAAUUACCUGGUUAUUAUGCCGAUCCUGAAGCCAGAUGUCAGGUGUGGCAUUGGUGUGUGCCUGGAGGAAGGCAAUUCAGUUUUCUCUGUCCGAAUGGUACUGUUUUCAGUCAAACGACUCGAGUCUGUGAUUGGUGGUUUAAGGUGGACUGCAACGAUUCCCCUCGAUUAUACAGCAUCAACGAAGAUUUAUAUCGAGACGCUCGAGGAAAUUACAUUUAAUAAAUGAAAAUAUAGAUGAAUAUGAAUGCACAAAUUUUAUUUAAUUUUUCACUUGAAAUGAAAAAAUUUUUACACGUCUUCUCUCUAAAUUUCUAAGA